GACCGGUGUACCGUGCCAGACUGGAGUAUACGUCCUUUGCGUGUUGGAGGAACAUAUCUGUGUACGUUUGUCAGUGUAGUGUUUCUGUAGGAAUAUACUGUGAUAACACGGAAGGAUAACACGAAAACAUACGAGAAAAGCAUAGAUUUCACCUUCGAUAUCCAAAGAAAAGUAAAUAACACCACGUACCACGUCGUAUGUUGAAAAAGAAAGUGUACAAUACAAAACAAACCCGAGAGUGUGAAAGCGAUUCGCAGCAACAACCAGACAUUUCCUUUCGAAACUCGUAGGCGGUGGGAAUAGUGAAUCUUCUGAAAUAAAAGCGAGUCAGUUGGAGGUGACCACGUUGGAUCUCGCGGCGUUGGCUGCUUACGGGGGCGUUUCGGGACCCAGGGUCGCGGUGGCGGGCACCGGGGUCCUCGCGCUGCCCGGCCUGAUACCCGACAAGGGUUUAUCAUCGCCCGGAGGUCAGUCUAAGGGAAAGUCCGCAGGGCUGGCGGGCCUCGACAGUGAGGCGGUGCGCCGGUGGGUCGCCGAGGCCGCGCGGACCGUCCGGCAAAUUCCGCCUCCGGUCGUCGUACCAUCGUCUAGCUCGCAGCAACAGCAGCAACAUCAACAUCGACAUCAGCAGCAUCAUUCGAUUCAUCGGCAACGGCAAGAAUCGAGCCCGCCGUUGGUGGGCUCGUCGCCGUUCGGUUUGCCGUCCUCGAUGACGCAGACACCAAGUAUGCAUCUGCUGGAGAACAACAACCUGGUGGAGGUUGCGAUGGCUCAGCAACAGUCUCAACAGCAGAUGCAGAUGCAGCAACAGAAGCAGAAGCAGACCAGCCCUACGAACAACAACACCAUCGAAGCUUGGAGGUCUAUACAGGGCGGGCAUCAGUGGUGGAGUCCGCCUAGUAACGUUCAUCAGGAGCAGCAAGUAUCGCCUAUAGGGCAGCAGGUUGUUUCGCAGCCGCAGAGUAUGGUUGUCGGGUCCGUGUGCGGGCAAGCACAGAGGCAGUCGCAGAUUCAUACGGAGAUCGAUCAGCCUUUGGACUUUUCGGUCGGUUCACUUGAGCAGCAGAGGUUGCAUUCGCGGGUGAGGACUAUGCACGGGAGGCUGCAGGGUAGGAUGCACGAUAAUAACAACGGUACAGCUAGCGCCGGGCAGAAGAUCGCGAGAGGGACCGGGAGCAGGAGAAGUUACAGCCCUAGCGAGGGUAGCAGCAGCAGCAGCGAAGACGAAGGUGUUUCGACCGGUGGAAGUCCGUCUGGACCGCUUCGAGGCACCGAGAACGACCUGUGCGAGCAGCCAGUCGCGGAUCGACCUUACGGUAAAAUUUGGAUAGGCGAUAACGAGGUCGCGUGGCGGACAGAACAGUCGUUCAAGAGGACCUCACCCUUAAAUCCCUGCGCUACCACGACUACCACGACAACGACAGGUGGCGGAGCACCGGCACACCCCCACCUGUCGCCACCCAUCGCUGCCCCCGUGACCACUCCCGAUCACAGGAGCCCCAGCAGCCUCCACGUGAAACUUGGUAUCUCUCCUGCCAGCGACGCGCUCGGCCGAAUCGAUAAGGAGCCAGCCUCGCCGGAAUCCAUACAAGAUGCAGACCUUCACGGCGAGGUGGACGGACCAGAACUCAGCGGCGACGACAGAAGUAUCGCGAGUGACAUCCAAGAUGCCACCGAGGCGAACCUCGAGCAUGACUCCAUGGACUCGGACAGGGAAGCGCUCAAUCUGGUCACGGACGUGUCGCACCGCAACAGCAGCAGCGGUACCAGUGGCAGCGCCUCUUCGCCCAGUUCCGGUGUCAGCAGUCAGAUAACCGGAAGCCAUCAGCAGCAGCAACACACGGCUGGCCAGCAGAACAGCAGCAACUCGCAAGCGGCUCUGGCUGCUCAGCUGGUCAGCCAACAGUUGCUGAUGCACGGAUCUCUCGGUGCACUUGGACCGCAAGAGAUCCAAGCGUUGGCUUCGACGUUUCAGCAACAACAACAGUCGUUGCAGCAACAGUUGCAGCAGCUAGCGAUGUUCCAGCAAGCCAACUCCGCCGCGGCGGGACAGCUUCCGGCACAGGCGCAAUUCUUCUUGCAGAACCAGGGGCUGUUGCAGAGCGGUGGCUACUCCUCAAGACCCAGUCAUUCGCGCUCACAGUCCAUGCAGGUGCAGCAGGCAGUGGCGCAGGCAGCCCAGCAACUGCAAGCCUUGCAGAAGCAGCAAGCUCUUCAGGGCAGUGGAGGCCUCGUGUGUCGAAAUUUGGCGCAGCAAAGGUCACCACCGCCUCCUGGCACGCCUCCAGCAGUGAAACCACCGAUUCCCAAGCUGGAACCAUCGCCGGAAGAAACGACAGACCUAGAGGAAUUGGAACAAUUCGCGAAAACUUUCAAACAGAGGCGGAUCAAGCUCGGUUUCACGCAGGGCGACGUUGGCCUCGCCAUGGGCAAGCUUUACGGCAACGAUUUCUCCCAAACGACGAUCUCCAGGUUCGAAGCGCUGAAUCUUUCCUUCAAAAACAUGUGCAAACUGAAACCCCUCCUCCAGAAAUGGCUAGAGGACGCAGAUAACUCCCUGAACAACCCUAACUCCCUUUCAAACCCUCUCACCACACCGGAAGCCAUCGGCAGGCGGCGGAAGAAGAGGACCUCGAUAGAAACCAGCGUGAGGGUCGCGCUGGAGAAAGCUUUCGUUCAGAAUCCCAAACCUACUUCAGAAGAAAUUACCGUACUAGCAGAUAGCUUGGCUAUGGAGAAAGAAGUCGUUAGAGUGUGGUUUUGCAAUAGACGACAGAAGGAGAAGAGGAUCAAUCCACCAACGGCAGCAAUGGGUAGCCCGACAAUGGCGUCUCCAGCUCCGUCUGUGUUCGCGUCACUCGCGAGUUCCAUGUCGGGAAGUCCUCUCGCCCUGACGACGCACUCGUCGGGCAUGGGACAUUCUCAUCCUCAUCCAACGCCGCUCGGUUCACCGUUGCCUCUGGCCCUGGUGGCCUCAGCAGGUGGAAACUACCAUCCGCUGAGCGGCAAGUCGCACGAGUGACACCAACAGUCCACCCAUCAAGGGGACGCGCUAUUUCAUCAACACCAUCAACAGCCACCGCAUCAACAGCAACAGCAACGACGUUUGUGCAAUCUACCCGAGUUCUAUCACUAAU